CUUUCAUUCUCAGGUCUUCAUGGAAACACAGAGCUUGCUGAUCUCUAUCUGGCAAGAUCCAGCCCAAAGUCUCAGUAUUAUUCCAUGACGUUCUACUCAGACUUUGUGUAUCCAUCAAUGCAACACUUGCCUGAAGCAGUGAGAGAUGGAAAUCCUCAGAUUCUAUCAAUAUAUGGCAUUUCUUCAAAGGAGUUUUAUGAAGCUCUCUACAGGUCAGAGGAAGGCGUUGAAAGCUUUUUCAGGUACAUGAGUGAGGCUUGGAGUCUUCGUGGAAAUGAAGUGGUCUCUGCCUUUGAUCUUUCUGGUUUUCAACUCAUUUAUGAUCUGGGAGGAAAUAGCAGUGGCUUAGCUAAGGAAAUAAUUUCAAAGUACCCAAAUUGUACAGUGAAACUUUUUGACCUUCCUGAAGUUGUGAAAAGAUCAAAAAAAUAUUUUGUAUCUUCAGAGGAAUCCCAGAUCACUUUUCAUGAAGGGGAUUUUUUUAAAGAUCCAAUUCCUGAAGCAGAUCUAUACAUAUUAUCAAGAAUCAUGCUUAAUUGGAGUGAUGAAAAGUGUAUCGAGCUACUAUCAAAAGUAUUUAUGGCCUGUAAGCCAGGUGGUGGAGUGUUAGUAGUGGAACCAAUCAUUGAGGAAGACAAAUCUGGGUCUUUUCCUGCUCAUAUGUACUCCAGCAUAAUGAUGCUUCUCACUGGAGGACGGUCACGGACAGCAUCAGAGAGUCAUGUGCUCUUCAACACAGCUGGUUUUAAAGAUAUUCAGCUCAAGAAAGGAAGUAUCUUUGAUGUCAUUUUGGCCAGAAAAUAAUAUUCAACUUGCUUCAUUCCUGCCAAGAGUUAAAAUCAAAUUACAAUAAUAAAACUG